AUGGUGAAGCGAUGUGUUGCGGCUGGCUGUUCUAACUCACGCAGCGACCAAGUCAGCUUGUUUUCUUUCCCACAAGACCCAGUUCUUCGAAAGCGAUGGAGAGAAGCAGUACAGAGGACUAGAGACAAAUGGAAAGGGCAUUCACGGUAUUCGGUUCUAUGCAGCGACCACUUUCCAAAGGACUGUUUUGAAACCGAUCAUCUUUUGGCCUCAUCGUUUGGCAUCGCCAGGCGAGCACGCCUAAAGCCAGACGUCGUUCAAACGCAUUUUGUCAGAACGAAUUUGACAACAGGCGACUCUGGAUCGUCAGCUAUGUCUUUGGAACGAACACGGAAACGAACGUCCACUGGCGGUGAGAGUGAGUUGACAAGCAAGAAGGGAGCAUAUGAGAAGAGACAAAGAGCUAGGUGUUGCAUUGUGAAUGCACCUCAACGUGUGAUUUGCAGUAGGCGUGUUGCUAGAAGUGUGGUUAGUAGCCUUAGGCUUGAAGUGUGA